GAAUUAUAUUUCUUGUGUUUGACUGCUUCAAGAUAUUAGGGAGAUUCUUCCACAAUUUUUCGUUUGCAUGAUUUAUAAGGUUUCUUGUAAUUAGGUUAUACCCGUUCACUGGUUGGUUGUGCGUGCUCGUUAGAGUGACAAAUCAUGUGUAUUUUGUUAAUUUGUUGUGAUCUUUGUAAAAAAAAAAACAAAAAAAAAAAAAAAAAAAAAACGGAACCGAAUAGAUACCUGAAAGCGUAAAAUCAAGACUCCUCUUUUAAGUACGAACUCUAUGUUCAUUCCUGCCGCAAAACCGGCAUAAAUAUUAUGCCCAUCUUCCCCGUCUUAACUUGACGAACUAGUUUGGCUAUGGUGGAUUAGGGCGUCUUCAAUUUCAAUUCAAACCCUGAAAUAACAAUUCUUUUCAAUCCCAAAAUUUUCCAAUUAUUACCAAACAACUGUAUUCUUGAUAAACCCCAAAAAUCGUUUUGCAGAAAUCAGGAAAUUAGUGAAGCUAUUGAGAGAUAAACCUUAUUCAAUUGAUCAUAGAUUUGAUAAAUUAUGUCUCUUCCUUCGAUUGAGUUUGCGUAUUUGACGGGCGAUUUUCUUCGUCAAUUGAAAGAUGGAGACCCUAAUUUGAAAUUGCCAAAUCCCGUUCCUGUUCUUCGCUUCCUUUUCGAGCUCGUGUCGUCUAUGGUAUAUGGUACUUUGCCGUUUCAGAAAUGUAAUGCGGCGUUGGAUGCGGUUGAGUUUUCUGAUGUUAUUUCAGAGGAAGAGUUAGGUUCUUAUUUUGCGGAUAUUGUUACACAAAUGGCUCUUGAUCUUACCAUGUCCGGAGAAAUUCGUGCUCGCCUAAUCAAAUUGGCAAGGUGGCUCGUGGAGUGCUCACUAGUUCCAGUGAGGUUUUUUCAGGAGCGGUGUGAGGAAGAAUUCCUCUGGGAGUGUGAAAUGGUCAAGAUAAAGGCUCAAGAACUAAAAUCUAAAGAGGUUAGAGUAAAUACUCGUCUGUUAUAUCAGCAGACAAAGUUCAACCUCCUUCGAGAAGAGAGUGAGGGCUAUGCCAAGCUGGUAACCCUUCUUUGUGAGGGUUCAGGGGAUCCUAACUCAUCGUCCUCAAAGAUCGGCACUAUUAAGUCCUUGAUUGGUCACUUUGAUUUGGAUCCAAAUCGUGUUUUUGAUAUUGUCAUGGAGUGUUUUGAAAUGCAACCUGACAAUAAGCUUUUCUUGGAUCUCAUUCCAAUUUUCCCUAAGUCACAUGCUUCUCAAAUUCUAGGUUUCAAAUUUCAAUAUUACCAGCGUAUGGAAGUUCAAAAUCCUGUACCUUUUGGACUGUAUCGGCUUGCUGCUUUGCUUGUCAAAGAAGACCUUGUUGAUCUUGAUAGCAUAUAUGCACAUUUAAUUCCCAAGGAUGAGGAAGCAUUUGAAACUUUCAAUGCCAUUACAACCAAGCGCCUUCAUGAGGCUAACAAGAUUGGAAAAAUAAACCUAGCUGCAACGGGAAAGGAUCUUAUGGAUGAUGAAAAGCAAGGAGAUGUGACUGUAGAUCUUUAUGUCGCUUUAGAAAUGGAAAAUCAAGCUGUCAAUGAAUCUGUUUCAGAGCUCGAGGACUGCCAAACACUAGGCUUGCUUACUGGUUUCCUUCUUGUCGAUGAUUGGUAUCAUGCUAAUAUCUUGUUUGAGCGUCUCUCACCUCUUAAUCCAGUGGCAUAUGCUCAGAUUUGUGAUGAGCUGUUCAGGUUGAUUGGAAAAUCAAUUUCCUCAGCAUAUGAUAUUGUACGCAAAAUGCAUCUUGAGAGCUUCAUGAAUGGUCCGAGAUUGUUGGAGGAUGCAGAUUCUUCAAAAAGCUCUCUUAUUCUGCUACCUAAAGAGCUUUUUGAGAUGCUUACCUGUGCUGGACCUUAUCUGUAUCGUGAUACUUUAUUGCUGCAGAAGAUCUGUAGAAUUUUAAAGAGCUAUUACCUAUCAGCUCUUGAACUCAUUAGCAAGGGAGAUGGAGCUCCUGGAUCUGUUAUUGAUGUUAAUAUUAAUCCUCGCUUGCAUCUAAGAGAAGCAAGGUCAAGAAUUGAGGAAGCUCUGGGAUCUUGUCUGCUUCCUUCGUUGCAGUUGGUACCUGCAAAUCCUGCCAUUGGGCAUGCAAUUUGGGAAGUGAUGAGUCUUCUUCCUUAUGAGGCAAGAUAUCGUCUCUAUGGUGAGUGGGAAAAGGAUGAUGAACGGAUACCUAUGAUUUUGGCAGCAAGACAAACAGCUAAGCUGGACACAAGGAGGAUCUUGAAACGGCUUGCAAAGGAAAAUUUAAAACAGCUUGGUCGUAUGGUUGCUAAGCUUGCUCAUGCCAAUCCCAUGACUGUUCUCCGAACAAUUGUUCAACAGAUUGAGGCCUACCGAGAUAUGAUCAUGCCAGUUGUGGACGCAUUCAAAUAUUUGACACAGUUGGAGUAUGAUGUCCUGGAAUAUGUUGUGAUAGAGAGACUGGCACAAAGUGGUCGUGAAAAGCUAAAAGACGAUGGGCUUAACUUGUCAGAUUGGCUUCAAUCUUUGGCUUCAUUUUGGGGACAUCUAUGCAAGAAGUACCCUUCAAUGGAGCUGAGAGGUCUUUUUCAAUACCUUGUCAAUCAAUUGAAAAGGGGUAAAGGAAUUGAACUACUUCUACUGCAGGAGUUGAUACAACAAAUGGCAAAUGUUCAAUACACGGAAAACAUGACUGAGGAGCAGCUGGAUUCCAUGGCAGGUGGAGAGACUUUGCGAUAUCUGGCCACUUCUUAUGGCAUUAGCCGAAACAAUAAGGCACUAGCCAAAUCUACAAACCGACUGAGGGAUUCCUUGGUUCCAAAGGAAGAACCAAAGCUGGCUAUUCCUCUUUUGGUGCUAAUUGCACAACACCGUUCUCUGGUUGUUACCAAUGCAGAUGCACCUUAUAUAAAAAUGCUUAGUGAGCAAUUUGACAGGUGCCAUGGGGUACUCCUUCAGUAUGUGGAUUUUCUAUGUAAUGCUGUCAGUCCAGUAACUGCAUAUGCACAACUAGUACCUACUCUUGAUGAUCUUGUUCAUCUAUACCAUCUUGAUCCAGAGGUUAUCUUCUUGAUCUAUCGACCAGUUAUGAGGCUUUUCAAGUGUAAAAUUAGCUCUGUCUCUUGGCCCUUAUGUGAUCGUGAUGAGCCAAGUGAUGCUGGUGAACUGGUUUUGGAUCUUGGACCUCCAUGCAAUCCAGUGAGGUGGUCUUUUCUUCUUGAUACAGUUAGAACUAUGUUGCCGGCUAAAGCAUGGAACAGCCUCUCCCCAGAUUUGUAUGCAACUUUUUGGGGUCUGACAUUGUAUGACCUUUAUGUUCCUCGGAGUCGCUAUGAGUCUGAGAUUGCGAAACAGCAUGCUUCUCUAAAGGCUCUGGAAGAGCUCUCUGAUAAUUCAGGCUCUGCUAUCGCCAAAAGGAAGAAAGAUAAAGAAAGGAUUCAAGAGUCAUUGGAUCGUCUCACAAGUGAGCUCCAAAAACAUGAAGAGAAUGUCGCUUCUGUUCAAAGGAGGCUUGCAAAUGAAAAAGAUAACUGGUUAAGUUCUUGUCCUGAUACAUUGAAGAUAAACAUGGAGUUUUUACAACGAUGUAUUUUUCCACGCUGUAUUUUCAGCAUGCCAGAUGCUGUUUAUUGCGCAAAGUUUGUCCAUACUCUUCACUCCUUGGGCACACCUUUUUUCAACACAGUCAACCAUCUUGAUGUUUUAAUAUGCAAAACAUUACAUCCAAUGAUAUGCUGCUGUACUGACUAUGAGGCUGGUAGACUUGGCAGAUUUUUGUUUGAAACACUAAAAAUUGCGUACCAUUGGAAGAGUGAUGAAUCAGUCUAUGAACGUGAAUGUGGUAACAUGCCUGGGUUUGCAGUUUAUUAUAGAUACCCCAAUAGUCAACGAGUUACAUAUGGCCAGUUCAUUAAGGUGCAUUGGAAAUGGAGUCAAAGAAUCACCCGACUGUUGAUACAGUGCUUGGAAUCUGCAGAAUAUAUGGAAAUUCGAAAUGCACUCAUAGUGUUGACAAAAAUAACAAGUGUAUUUCCAGUUACUAGGAAAAGUGGAAUCAACAUUGAGAAACGAGUGGCAAAAAUUAAAGGUGAAGAGAGAGAGGAUUUGAAGGUUCUAGCCACUGGUGUUGCAGCUGCUUUAGCUGCUAGAAAGCCGUCAUGGGUUACUGAAGAUGAGUUUGGGAUGGGAUAUCUUGAACUGAAACCUGCACCGUCUGUCGCUCCAAAGUCUUCCACAGGGAAUUCCCUGAAAGAUCAAGCAUUCCGAGUGAAGAUUGCAGAUGGAAAGUCAGAGAGAUCUGAAAAUGUUUCAGGGAAUGCUAAGAAAGGUGGUUCAAUUGCGAAUGGGUCAGAUGUGCAGCCAACAGGCGCGCAGGUAGGAGUAUCACGAUCACUAGAUAGUCAAAAGCAGGUAGAUGAGCCUUCAAACAAGACUGUGGAUGAAAACAAUGCAAAAGGAGUGUUAAAGUUAUCUACCGACAGUGAGAAAAAAAAUGCUGCUAAACGUACCUCAGCUGGAGCUGGUUCAAAGCAACUUAAACAAGAGCUUAAAGAUGAGGCAAAGUCAGCCAAGAUUGCUAGCAGAACAGGUGGUGCUUCUGCAAGUGAGAGAGAUCAUGGAAGCCAUCUUAUAGAGGGCAGGCAAACUGGACAAGCCGCUGUUUUGUCUGCCUCUGUUACAAAUGGUAAUUCAGCUCCUUCAUCUAAAGGCUUGGCUUCUUCCACUAGAGUUGACUUAGAAGCUAGUGAAUUGCGGGGAGAAGUUGGAUCCACAAAAUCCUCUAAUUUAAGGGGUUCUUUGAGGGAUGAUGGCACAGAUCAAUCUGAUUUUCCUCGGCCUUCACAUGCUCGUUCAGCUCACUCUCCGAAGCAUGAUACUGGUGGGAGGGCUGUAGAAAGACAACAAAAAAGAACUAGUCCUGCAGAAGAACCAGAUAGGCUACAUAAACGGAGGAAAGGUGAUUCUGAUGUGAGAGAUACGGAUGUCGAUGUUCGGUUAACCGAUCGGGAGAAAACAGUUGAGCAAAAAGUAAUGGACAAAUCUUACUCAUCAGAGUUGGAUAACUCAGGGACUGAGGAAUCAGCUUUAGGUUGGGUUGCUGAUAAACAUGUUGAUAGGACAAAGGAGAAAAAUAGUGAAAAAUAUGAGAGGGACUACAGAGAUAGAUCUGAGCGCAGUGAUAAACUCCGGGGUGAUGAUAUUUCUGAAAAGGCGAGAGACAGAUCAAUGGAACGGUAUGGAAGAGAGCGCUCUGUCGACAAAGUACCGGAUCGGAGGAUUGAAAGGGGUUUUGAUGGCCUUAAUGACAAAGCUAGGGAUGAAAGAAGCAAGGAUGAUAGAGUUAAAUUGCGUUACAAUGAAGUUUCUGGUGAUAAAUCUCAUAAUGAUGAUCGGUUUCAUUGUCAGAAUUUGCCACCUCCACCCCCUUUACCACCUCAUGUUGUUCCGCAAUCUGUAAAUCGAAGAGAUGAUGAUGCUGAAAGAAGAUUGGCAACUACUAGGCAUGCCCAAAGGCUUUCCCCUAAACAUGACGAAAAAGAACGUAGACGGUCAGAGGAAAGCUUGUUGACUGUGCAAGAUGAUUCCAGGCGUAGAAGAGAAGAUGAAUUCAGAGAUAGAAAGCGUGAAGAACGGGAGAUUUCUUCGAUGAAGGUAGAGGAGAGAGAAAGGGAGAAGGAGAAAGAAAGAGAGCGGGACAGGGAAAGAGCAAACCUUUUGAAAGAGGAAAUAGAUUCAACUGCAGCCUCAAAAAGACGGAAACUUAAAAGGGAGCAUAUUCCUGGUGGGGAACCUGGUGAGUAUUCCCCUGUUGCUCCACCACCCCCAAUUUCCAUUGGCAUUCCACAGGCGUAUGAUGCCAGGGAAAGAGGAGAUCGAAAAGGUACAAUGGUUCAGCGUCCAGCAUACUUUGAGGAACCAGGUAUGAGGUUGCUUGUAAAAGAACCACCAAGCAAGAUGGUACGACGUGAUGUUGACCCAACGUACGAACGUGAUUGGGAUGAUGAGAAAAGACUGAGAGCAGAAGCAAAACGCAGACACAGGAAAUGAUUUCAAGCAAUCAGAAUGCUGUUCUCAUUGUGUUGCUGACUGAGACCAAGUGUCAGUAAUUUUUGUUUUCUCGGAUCAUCUCCUGCGAUGUUGAGGAUUUGUCCAGUGUUUAAAUUUUAUUAAGAAUCUGCAUUUUCAGUUUGACCCAAAUGUGAGGGAGAUCUCUUAUGUGAACAGUAUUGUAGCUGGAUCUUUAAGUUAAGUUGUUUGAGCAAUGUCCUGAUACUAAUUACAAUUGUAACAUAGAGGGAUUUGGAAUUUCCCGAAAUUGAAGUUUAUGAAUGAUCAUGAUUUUGAUCAUUAAUUCAGCUAAUGGGGAUGAAGCAAAGCUGGAUUCUCUUGCUAUUGCUUGAGAACUGAUGUACUAGUGCAUGUGUUAACCUCAAUAUUGCACAAGGGAAGAGGACAUAUUUAGGAGGUAUUGGAGUUUGAUGUGCUUAGAUGAAUAUAGACCUUGUGUUAGAUUUUUAUUUUAAAAAAAUUCUGUUCUAUUAGCUAUAUAGUCAAACAAAUUACUUGCAUAGAAAUAUGUUUCCUGUGUUUGUAUAUAUAUGUAUAUUAAAAAACCGGCAAUUUUGAUAAUUUUUAUGGCUUAUCUUAUUGCCUCUAUAUACAAGUUUUCAUACAUUCUGAAAUAAUAA